ACGCUGCUGCAGCGACAACGGCUACGCUCGCAAACGUUACCAGUCGAGCUCAGAGAAAGAACUAGGAAACAAUAAAGGGGAGGCGGCGAACAAGGAAAAAUAAGCCGGUUUUUUUUUGUUCCAAGGAGCAUCUGAGUUGGGGGAAACUAGAGCCAUUAAAAGGUGGACAGACCACUGCCUGGUUGCCCGUGGUAACUCUCCGCCAUGCCUUUCCCCUUUGGCAAGUCCCACAAGUCGCCGGCGGACAUCGUCAAGAACCUUAAGGACAGCAUGACGGUGCUCGAGAAGCACGACAUUUCUGACAAAAAGGCCGAGAAGGCCACAGAGGAGGUGUCAAAAAGCUUGGUGGCCAUGAAGGAGAUCCUGUAUGGGACAAAUGAGAAAGAGCCCCAAACGGAAGCCGUGGCCCAGCUUGCCCAGGAGCUCUACAACAGUGGCCUGCUCAGCACACUAGUAGCAGACCUCCAGCUCAUCGACUUUGAGGGUAAGAAAGACGUGGCUCAAAUCUUCAACAACAUCUUGAGGCGUCAGAUAGGCACCCGGACGCCCACGGUGGAGUACCUCUGCACCCAGCAGAACAUCCUCUUCAUGUUGCUCAAAGGGUACGAAGAAGGCACACAGAGGAGGAACCAUGCACCGCUUGAUCUGUACGAGUCUCCGGAGAUCGCCCUGAACUGCGGUAUCAUGUUGAGAGAGUGCAUCAGACACGAACCGCUGGCCAAAAUCACGCUGUGGUCGGAGCAGUUUUAUGACUUCUUCAGAUACGUGGAGAUGUCCACCUUCGACAUCGCCUCAGACGCAUUUGCCACUUUCAAAGACCUCCUCACAAGACACAAGCUACUGAGUGCCGAGUUCCUGGAGCAGCAUUACGACAGAUUCUUCAGUGAAUAUGAGAAGUUACUCCACUCAGAAAACUACGUGACCAAAAGGCAGUCCCUCAAGUUGCUGGGGGAGUUGCUUCUCGACCGGCACAAUUUCACCAUCAUGACGAAAUACAUCAGCAGGCCGGAGAACCUGAAACUAAUGAUGAACCUGCUGCGGGACAAGAGCCGCAACAUCCAGUUCGAGGCGUUCCACGUUUUCAAGGUGUUUGUGGCCAACCCCAACAAGACGCAGCCCAUCCUGGACAUCCUGCUGAAGAACCAAACCAAGCUCAUCGAGUUCCUCAGCAAGUUCCAGAACGACAGAACGGAGGACGAACAGUUCAACGACGAAAAGACUUACCUGGUCAAACAGAUCAGGGACCUCAAGAGGCCUGCCCCCCAGGAGGCCUGAGGAAAGGGGUGCAGAAGUAUAAGGGGAGGGGGGGGGGGAAAGGGGGAGGAGCCACCAGGACCACGUCUGGACAACAUCGGCAGCUGCUGCUGUUCUGUUUUUUUUUUUUGAACAAAAAUUGAAGAAACAAAUGAAAAAAGAAGAGAAAAAAAAACAUUCAUUCACAUCAACUCAUCAGGAAGUCGCCCGCUCCUCAGUGAACAUUUGAUUUACUUUGUUUUUUAUUUUUAUUCUUUUAGUCCUUUUUUUUUUUUCCUUCAAAAGAAAUACGAGAAAAUAAUAGAUGCUGCUGCUUUCUUGCA